AUGACGAAUGGAAUUUUUGUUGUGGCGUUGUGUCUGGUUGCUGUUCUGUCUGUGAAUGGAGCACAUUGGGGUUACCGUGGUGGUACAUACGGAGAUGACAAUGACUUUCGAGGAUAUUCCAUAGGCAGAGGUUUCGGGCCGCAUGGAUUCGCUCAAGGAGGUUUUGGAAGAGCUGCGUCAAUUCUUGGAAGAUUCAGUAAUCGAUUUGGAUAG